AUGGUAUUCGAAGCCUUUUGGGAGUGCCCAGAAUUGGCCCUCGUUCGUAAUUUCAUCUCUCGGCUCUGGAUGAGAAUCUAUGACCUUUUGCAAAUGGCUGCAAAUCUGAACCAAACCUUGAUGUACCUCUGGCUCCUCUCUCACGCCACCUGUCUUUUGGGCUUUGUGGGUUCCUUUUUCGUUCCUGGCGCCUACGACGCUGCUCUUGUGGGCUGCACCGCAACCUACGUGUUGGCAGUAAGCCGUCACUUGAGGUUUCUUCUCAGUGACACAAGCUUCAGAGGUUCACUGAGCACAAGAGCACCCAUAAGUGAGUUGCUACGAGGCGAAAACACCAUUUUGCUAGCCAUGGCGACGCUCAUGGCCACAACGGCGCCCUCGGUGGUGAAAAUGGUGCCUUUUGCCACGUUUGCCUCGAUGAACUUGGUGUCGUUUGUUCUUUUGGAUGUGAUGACGGCUAGCCACUUCACCAAGACCCUGGUGCCGUUCCUUCGGUACGUCGAGACCACCAUCUUGUCUCACAUGUGUUACUGGGAUUAUGCCGUGAUGGCAGCGUAUGCAUGGGAGGGAAAAGCGUGCUGGUUGGUGAUUUUUGUGGUGACAUGGCUCAUGAAGCUUGAGAUCUCAGAGUUGAGCAGGAAAUCGGUGCAUGGGGUAUUGGCGGUUGUCAGCUGCGUGAUCAGAGCUUCGGGAAUUGUUUUACUAGUGCUGGCGAUGGAGGACUUGAAGCUGGGAGCUGCCGUUCUCUUGCCAACGAGAGAAAUUUUGCUUGCCGACAAAGCAGCAGCCACGCCCGUUAUAAACCUGUCGCUGAAACACAGAGUCGAAUCCCUCAUGUUCGACUCCUUCUCCAUCAUCAACGACGUCGACAGGUAG